UCCCUCACAAAAAACUAUUAACGGAUCCAUCCUCAUUGCCCUUUUCCCACUCCCUCCUAUAAAUACCCACCAAAACCAAAACCCUUCCUCACUCGUUCAUUAACUCACCAAAUCCCCAAUUCAGAUUUUUGAAUUCAAGUCUUGGAAAAUGUCUGGGCGUGGAAAGGGAGGCAAGGGUCUGGGAAAAGGAGGAGCGAAACGGCAUCGUAAGGUGCUUCGCGAUAACAUCCAGGGAAUCACCAAGCCCGCUAUUCGCCGAUUGGCUCGCAGGGGUGGAGUGAAGCGUAUCAGCGGUCUGAUCUACGAGGAGACACGUGGCGUCCUCAAGAUCUUCUUGGAGAACGUGAUUCGCGACGCCGUGACCUACACUGAGCACGCAAGGAGGAAGACCGUGACGGCCAUGGACGUCGUCUAUGCCUUGAAGAGGCAAGGAAGGACUCUCUACGGGUUUGGGGGUUAGGGGGUUUUGUGUUUUGUGUUUGGUAUGGGACUUUGGGAACAAGUCUUGCUGUCAAGAAAGUCCGAUGGUGGUGGUGGUGGUGUUUUUUGUUUUGUAAUUAGAGGUGGUUCUAUUUCAAAUAUGUGGGUUUUUAGGGUUUGGUUUUAGGUUUAUUAGAUUUAGUUCUACUUGUUUGUGAUUCAAACUCUGAAUUGCAAGUUAUGAAGAUUUAAUGCAAACUAGUUUUUGUUAAA